AUGAGCCACGAUGCAUCUCAAAAACUAGAGUCAUCCUCGAACGACGACCAACCGCACGAGCCACUCAUGAUAACCGAUGCACCGGCCGACUCGUCCGAUCAAGAUACCAAAGGUCACUCCAUAGCUGUUGGUGGCGAAGGCGUUCAACUGGAUCAUCUAGGCCCCAUGGUGAUCAACAGUGAUGGAGUUGAGUUCAAGCUUCACGCCAUGUCGCUCAUGAGGCAUGAAUUGAUCAGUCUUUUGAUUCGCCAUUAUUCAAUUUUUGCCAGACGAUUUCGCGGAUCAGUAAUUGGGAUAAACUCACUGAGCCGGAAAAAAGUCGGACUAUCAGGCUGGUCACCCAGAGGAACGCCAUGCGAGUUCAAAAGCUGA